GGCAGGCAGGAUUAGCAUAGCAUAACUGCAUAAGCAGCCAGCGCCUGACGGCCCUGACCUCUCUCUCUUCCUCCUUGCGGAAUUCCAACAAGUUCCCCGUUUUGCUCCGCUUCCUCCUCUGCUCCAGGAAUAGUAUUGCUGUUGUGCGAGAGGCGGAAAAAGGAAAAAAAAAAACCCAAUCUUUCGAGCCCGUGCCUCUGGACGCCCGCCGGGGCGGAUUGCUUCCCGUUUGAUUUCCCCGGGAGUUUCGCCGGCGAUGAGCUCCGAUUCCAGGGAUUUGCUCGGGAUCGAUCCCCCGGAGCUCAUCUUCCCCUUCGAGUUAAAGAAGCAAAUCUCGUGUUCGCUGCACCUAACAAACAAGACAGAUGAAUACGUCGCGUUUAAGGUUAAGACGACGAGUCCAAAGAAGUACUGCGUCCGUCCAAACAAUGGCAUUGUGGCACCGCGGUCCACAUCUGAUGUCCUUGUAACAAUGCAAGCUCAGCGGGAGGCACCACCGGACAUGCAAUGCAAGGACAAAUUCCUUGUGCAGAGUGCCAUAGUGAAACAAGACCUCUCACCACAGGAUAUCACCGGAGACGUGUUUACCAAACAAUCAGGUAAUGUGGUGGAUGAGGUGAAGUUAAGGGUUGUUUACACUACACCCCAGCCGACAUCCGCCAACGGGGGAUCAGAGGAAGGUCUAGGCAGCUUGAGUGAUCAAGAAGCAACAAAAGGACCUAGAGAAUCAGAAACAAUAACCUCUGAGGCUUUGAUUUCAAAGUUGAAGGUGGAGAAGAAUUCUGCCAUUCAACAGAACAUCAAGCUUCAAGAAGAACUGGAUCUUCUAAGGAGGCAAAUGGGAAGUCAGCACGGUGGUUUCUCAUUAGUUUUUGUGCUUGCUAUUGCUAUUCUGGGAAUCCUGCUUGGUUUUCUCGUUAAGAGAUGAGCGUCUGUGAACAUAUAUAUAUAUCUUGUUCCACUUUUCUGUGAAGAACUGAUAAUCAUGUGCCUUCUUCUGUGUUAGCAUUUGUACCAACUCGUGAUCUUAUCUUAGAACCUGAUUCCUCUUGUAUUUUUUGACUAUUAAAUUCCAAUCAGUAGAAGUUGUAUCCAGUCAAUAAGUCAUCUGCCCAUUUAGCCUAUUCGAGGAUCCCCCCCCCCCCCCCCACCCUUUUUUUUUUUGGUCUUUUGGCACCUGUAAAUAUGACAGUUCCCUUGACAUUAUGGCUUGUGAUAUGUACAUGGUGAAUACUUUGUGAAUC